UUGGGGUCGCGCACAAGUGGACGGUAUCCGUCGAUAGGAGGAGGAUGGCUCUUGAAGCACAAAUGGUAAGUCGGAGGUUGCGGUGCCAGCCUCAAAGUGCUGCCGGGGUUUUGCCGGCUCGGAGAAAGUUUCCAACAUUCAUCACGACCGCCCGUUCAACAAGUCUAUAAUACUCGCCUCGCCUCCCGUCGUUCCGCUGUUGUUACCACCCGCCAAUUGCGUCGUUUCAGCUGCUACGUCUGCUUGGAGCUGCCGUAUGUCACCAUCACACCGCUGCUGACACUAUGAGUGCCAUCUCAUGUCCGUCUUGCGCGCCGUCGACGGGACGUCCUGCUCCGCCGCCGUGUCGAACUCCUCCCGGCCAUUGCUUUCCUUCCUCUGUCCGGCUCUCCGGAUCGAGAACCCGCGGCGGGGCUUCCAUCAGAGCCCGGUAGCCUGGCCACCGCGACCAUCGCCUCCUUCUCCCGACAUGUUCAACAAUUUUUUCAUCCAUGCGCUUGUACAGGCGGGCACUUGCCAGGAACACCAGCGGUACUUUUCCACGUACCGCGAAGUCCUUUCAAAUGUGGGGAAGCAUUCUAGCACCCCAAGGAGACACGGUGGGCAUAAGGGGAGGCGGCAACCGAAAUCGACUUUCCGGGGCCCAUUUGCUAAGGUGAAGGAGUUUGCCAGGAAUGAACUCAAGGCCCUGGUUGACUAUUACGGGAUUGAAUUGAAGACGGGUCCGAUGCCGGAUAACAACGUAGAAGACAGCGGGCUGCUCAUAUGGAACAUUGGAGACGAUCACCAGCCGUGGCCGGUUAAGGAGGACAUACACAAGACUUAUAUCGCAGAGUUGGAGCAAGAACUGGCGAAAAAGGACGAUGCAUCACAUGACGUUCUCUAUGAGCUCUACAAGAAGCUUCCGGCUCCCAGCGUCGCCUAUCUGAAACUUGCCACGAUCCGUGACCUGCUUCACCAUCUAUCCGUCGUGGAGCGGCCAGAUGCCGUGUCCAUGCAACGGUUUCUCGGCAUACUUGACGAUAUGAAGUAUGCGCAUAUUCACAUCACACGCUGCGAAUGGACUGCUGCUAUCCGCUUCGCCGGUCGCUUCUUGGGGAAGGUUUCCGGUACAGAGCUGCACUCUGCGCUCCAUGUGUGGCGGGAUAUGGAGAAGCGAGCCGGGAUUCGCGGAGGGACAGUCACCAUGAACGUAUUGUUCGACUUGGCGGUAAAGGCAGGAAAAUACACCCUAGCGGAGGCCUUCCUGAGGGAAAUGCAAGCACGGAAGCUGAAGCUCCAUCGUCACUUUAGGGUAUCCUUGCUGUACUAUUACGGGGUCAUGCAGAACGGGGAUGCCGUGAGGCGCGCAUAUCAGGAACUCGUGGCCGCUGGCGAUAUUGUCGACACGGUCGUGAUGAACGCAGUCAUCUCAGCCCUCAUACGCGCCGGCGAACCUUCCGCUGCGGAGCAUGUUUUCGAGCGUAUGAAGCGGUUGCAUGCCAGUAAAGUAAAACCAAGGCCCUCUCCCCGCAACUGGCGAGAACGCCGCCUGAAUGGUUUGCAGUUGACUUACGAAGGGCGAAACGCAGCAGGAAUUGGGGAUAUGGAGAAGCGGAAAGAACUCCAGGAACAGGCGUCUAUUGCUCCUGAUGCGCGCACUUACGGGUUGAUUAUCAGACAUCAUGCAGCCACUGCGGGAAAUGUUGACCGCGUCUUGGAACUUUUGAAAGAGAUGGAGCUCAAUGAGGUUCCCAUGGACGGCACUGUCUUCAUUGUCAUUCUAUACGGGUUCAAUACCUUCGGAGGCCUCAGAUACUCCUCCUGGACCCUCGACAAACUGGAACGCGUCUGGAAACAAUAUCUCAAUGCCGUACGAGACGGUGUUGAGAGGACAUGGCUAUCCCCCAUGUCGGUCGUUGUGGCGCUGAAGGCGUUUAAACGGUGUGGUGAUGCAGAGCGCGUAUUGCAAGCUUGGGAAGAGGCUCGGGAACUAUGGAAACCGAACCCAGAUGAGCUUGAUCGCGUCCUGAAGGAGUUGCGACGACUGGUGCCAAAUCAUCCGUUUUUCAGCGUCAAUGUGUAACACGGCUUUGUUGUACUGUACAUGUAUAUAUAAGGGACGAGGGCAUUGUUGCAUAUACUGGGAGUUGGAUUUAUCGCCUGUUUAACCAGCAUGUGGUUACGGUAUUGUUGAACUGAACCACAAGAUUAUCAUAUGGUCAUUCUUGCAAGGUUGGCAGAAACAAUCAAAAAGUGCAAGCCAUU